AUGCGAGGAGGAGGGAGUAAAGCCGAGAGAGGAGACGGGAGAGAGACACCACACACACACGGCACAAGAUGGCCGGAGAGGCAGCAGCACUCGAGCUGUCAGGCGUUCCGCUGCGGCCGCGGGGCCCGCCGGCUGGCGGGGACUUGCGCCCGGGCGGCCCGCAGGCCCGCGGGAGCGAAGCGGCCGCGGCUGGGGCGAGGCGGGCCGCGCGCCGGGGUCGGAGCCCGCGACAGAGGCGCCCGGGGCGGCCGGGCCCACGACGCGGAAAGCGCCGCUGCGGCAGCGGCCGCUGCGGCUCCCCGGGGCCCGGGCGGCUCGACCCGGUACGGGCGGGAGGCUCGGGCGGGCGGCCCGGCGCGGGACUCGGGUGCGGGCGACCAGGAGGUGCCGACCGCGGCGCUCGGACCUGCUCUUUUAUUUGAGGUAUGCCAUUUUGAAGACCGUGGAAUUUUAUCCUUGAGGAUAAAGGAAAUAUUUGCGAUAGUCUGUAUUUUACAUAGCAAAAAUAUGAAUCCUGAGGCUGAAUUAUCUAAGGGGCCAGUACAACGAAAUAGAUGUUGGUGGAAGAAUUUACACCCAGUCAGCUUGAAGAGUCUCAAAUGGACCCUACCACUGAGAAAUCAAGAUGGCAGUCCACUAUGGGGAAUUGAGAAAAAUGGAUUAAUACAAGAGUGCUGUGAUAAUAUACAACCAAGACAGGGUUCUUUUAACAUGGAUUUCAUGAAAUGAAUGAAGAUAUAGGUUUCUUACGCAGGACAAAUGGACAGUGAAUUUGACUUUCUAGAGACUUUGUAUCAUUAAGAACAUUUUUGACAUUUGGAGAAGAAAGAUGGCACAUUACAGAUGAUAGUUUGUAUGCCUGGAAUUUUUUGCAGUUUGAUUUGUAUGAGUAUGAUCUUGUGGAAUGUUAACUUUAAUAAAAUUUCUAACACUUUAAAAUUUCU